GCCGUGAACGCCGCGUGGUCAUCCUCGUUGACUUCUCCCUUCGACCUCUCUCUUCAACCGCGACCAAAUCGACGAACACAAGCUCGACUUUCGACCGGAGAUUGUUAGAAUCUCGUUCGAACGAUAAACAACGAAUUAAAUCAAAGACAUAUCGAUUUAUCUAGUAUUUAGCGAGGAUUUCGUUACGAUUGAAUUCUUACUCGGAUAAGUCUUCAAAUUUUUCGUUCGACUUCAAUUCAACCCUUAUUUGUUACUCGAGAUGUCUGCCUGGAUAGGAAUUGUGUCCGUCUCUGAACCCAAAUGGAAGGUUUGAUGUCUUCGAUACGUACAAAGUGAUUCCACUAUGCUCGCCGUCUCGAAGAUCGGGAGUUUCUCUGGCAAAAGUUUUCGUCGAAGAAUCCGAAGUUGACGAGAGUCUUCUGGCGAUCGAUGGCACAUCGACAUCGCGAUUCUCCGGUUACGAGUAAAUCGAGAAUUAUUUAACAUGCGUGACUUUAUUCCUGAAUAAUUCAGAUAGUAGUCGAGGAGGCGGUUUCCUCGCUGUGCCUCUCGUCUGACCAUAAGCUGACUCUCUCCACUUCGAUGGUGCCCAAUGUGAAAGUAAUUAUACCGAACGUGUGUGCCUGACUUUGCUCCGCAAUUGGAAGAUGCCAGCAGGGAUUUCCGCGUUAGCGCCGACAGCAAACGGGGAUCCUUUCGACCACGAUCGAAAGGAUCCCCCAGCGUUCACGAUCCUUCAGAAGGAUGGCCUGGACACCAACCUGCCGUUACUCCACGUCAACGACGACGAAACGAACGAAUCGGACGUUACCAGGCUGGAGAACGCGAACAACAACCUCUUCUUCCGCAAACGCAUCAGCAGAUCGAACGAUCACCUGGUCCAGGCCAGCCUGCAGUCCAACCAGACGAAUCCCCUUCAAAAGAAAGCGAGAAGCAGAAGUCAGGAGAGCUCCAGAUCCGCGGAAAAGGUCCCAGUGAUCAAGCCAGCCAUCACUCUGUCGACGGAGGACUUCAACGAGGUUCUCAACGCGAAACUGAAGAGGAUCCAGGAGUUGGAGAAAGAGGAGGAACGCAAGAGCACGAAUAGGACUCAGAUGUUCGGCAGGAAACCGUUCAUCACCACGGUGAAGACCGGAGAGUUCCUGAUGCCACCGCCGGAAGUGGCGGCGCUGCUUGGAAUCGGUCCCAGAUCGAGCGACGCUGAUGAAACGGAUACCUGCCCUCUGAGGUCGAGAUUCAAGUCCCUUGUGUCGCUGGCCAAGAAACCGGAAGUGCGUCACAGCAGCCACAACGCUAGGUGUCCGGCUGCCCUCAAGGCUACCGUGGACUUCACCUUGGGAAUGAUGAACGCGACGACCAUGGCCGCGGCGACCUUGGACGAGCGAGCGAAGAUUGCCAAGAAAAGCGACGCUACCGAUCAACCGGUUCCUUUCGGGAAUAUCAUGUUCGAUCGGCGCGUUGUACGCGGAAGCACCUACGCCACCGCUCCUACCCUUAUCGAUGGCGAGCAAUCGAUAGCGGCGAGGCAGGCGGAAGCCAGGAGAAGACAUUUGGCAAGGAAACGGGCUCAAGCGCAGGCCACCAAGGCUCUCGUCACCAGAAUAGGGUCACCCCCGCCUGUUCCUGGUCGCAAACACGAGCCAGUGCAAACGGAAGUCUUUCUCGAAGAGCUGUUCGAGAAACCAGACGAGCUGGAGGUCGCGACGCAAACCGACUACUUCCUGGACAGGCCACCGACCCCGAAAUAUUGCCCGGACAAGGUUGGCGAGGAUGCCAGCACGCAGAUCGAACCCGGUGACCUGUUCGACUUCGACUUCGAGGUGCAACCCAUACUGGAGAAGCUCGUGGGCAAGACGGUGGAGCAGGCGCUGAUAGAGGUCCUCGAGGAAGAGGAGAUCGCCGCCCUGAAGGAGCAGCAGAGGAAGUUCAUGGAGCUCCGAGCAGCGGAGAAGGCUGAGGCGCAGAGGUUGGCGGAACAGGAAAGGAGGAUAAGGGAAGAAAAGGAUCAACGAUUGAGGCAACACGAGAGAGCAGUGAAAGCUCAAAGGGAAACGGAAGAGCGGGUCGCUGCAGCCACCCUUCUCACCGGAUACAUAGCUGAGCUUCUUCCGGCGGUUCUAGAAGGACUGAAGAUGUCUGGAUUUUUGUUGGACGAGAUCAAGGCUGAUGUCGAGGAAGGUUUCGUGCCAUGGCUGAUGAAGGAGGUGAAGAAGGAGAUGGGCAACAUUAUCGAGAGUCGAGAACUACUCAUGGAGAUCAUCAGGGAGAUUCUGGAGAACCGCGCAGAGACGUACAGGAAACUGGGCGAAGAGUACGACGCCUCGAGGAGACGGAAACCUUUGAUGGAAAACGUGGAAAAUGGCGACCACGAUCCUAACUUCGUGAAUUACCAACCACCAGUUAUCGAGAACACAGACAUUGUCUAACAAUACGUUCACCUUUCUUUAUUUAAGAACCUUCUUUAUUUCUGUAAAUUUCAAUACCAUAUUUUAUUUGAAAAUUAUUUCACACCUUCGUAAAAUUAAUUUUGUAAAUUUAAUUCCUGUGUUUUCAAGUUUUCCGAAGGUGGCGCGAAGCUGAGCGGUCGAAACGUUAAUAAAGGCGCUUGUUUAAGACUGCUUGUUACUUGAUAUUCGUCUUCCAUGUAUUUAUAAUAUUUAAUAGUCUUGUUACGUUUAAUUGUUGCGUCACAAAUUUUUUUUUCGAGCGCUCGUUUACAGAGGUUUUAACUCUCGUUGAUCUUCGACGAAGAAACGAGCGUAUGAUAGUUAGCUUUCGGAUUUAGGGACACCUUACUAGUAUUGGAGCGAUCCCCGUCCCCGGGUGGCUUCUACAUUAAGCAGUGUACACAGCUGCGAAACAAAUCCAUCUCCACAGGGUCGCGGCCAGUGACAGGUUACCGUCGCGUCAUUCCCGAUGG